AUGGCGAAAGGAAUUCGUUUCCUGUCGCUGGUGAAGCCAGCGAUGUGCAUCUUGCCUGAGGUGCAUGCGCCUGAGCGUCGUGUUCCCUUCCGCGAAAAGGUGCUAUGGACGUUGAUAUCUCUCGCUGUUUUUCUGGUUUGUUGCCAGAUUCCUCUUUACGGAAUCCGCACAAGUCGCAGCGCAGACCCCUUCUACUGGAUGCGUGUUAUCUUAGCUUCUAACAGAGGCACGCUCAUGGAGUUGGGUAUUUCUCCUAUCGUCACAAGUGGAAUGGUCAUGCAGCUUCUUGCUGGUUCCAAGAUCAUUCAAGUUGACCAAAGCCUCAAAGAAGACAGAGCCCUCUUCCAAGGGGCGCAGAAAUUGCUGGCGUUGCUGAUUACCAUCGGAGAGGCGGUGGCGUACGUCAUCAGCGGCAUGUAUGGGCCGAUAUCAGAAAUCGGAGCAGGGAGCGCGUUGUUGAUUAUUCUUCAGCUGUUCUUCGCCGGAGUUGUUGUCAUCAUUUUGGACGAACUGCUGCAGAAAGGCUACGGCCUGGGAAGCGGUAUUUCCCUUUUCAUUGCGACCAACAUUUGCGAGACAAUUGUGUGGAAGGCGUUCAGUCCCACUACGAUAAAGACGGGAAAGGGAACUGAGUUCGAGGGAGCUUUGGUUGCUCUUUUCCACUGUCUGUUUACGAAGAGCACCAACAUGGUGGCAUUGAAAGAGGCAUUUUAUCGUUCGAACGCUCCGAACAUCACAUCUUUGCUCGCAACGAUUUUGGUGUUUCUGAUUGUCAUCUACUUCCAGGGUUUCCGCGUUGAUCUUGCAGUGAAGUAUCAACGCGUGCGGGGACAACAGGGCAAUUACCCGAUUAAGUUGUUCUACACCAGCAACAUUCCAAUUAUCUUGCAGACGGCGUUGGUCUCGAACUUGUAUUUCCUCUCGCAGCUGCUGUACAGACGCUUCAAGAACAACGUGUUGGUUAAUCUCCUUGGGCAGUGGCAGGAGGUUGAUGCAGGAGGUCACUCUGUACCUGUGGGGGGUAUUGCUUACUACAUCUCUCCCCCAGGUUCCUUCGGCUCUAUUCUUGAUGAUCCUAUUCACAGCUUCGUCUAUAUCACCUUCGUCCUCGUCUCCUGCGCACUCUUCUCGAAAACUUGGAUUGAAGUCUCGGGCUCAAGCUCCAGAGACGUCGCCAAACAACUCCGAGAUCAGCAGAUGGUCAUGAAAGGAUACAGAGAUAGCUCGCUCGUACAGGUGCUGAACCGGUACAUUCCCACUGCUGCUGCUUUCGGAGGGAUGUGCAUUGGGGCGCUGACGAUCAUCGCUGAUUUCUUGGGGGCCAUUGGAAGCGGCACUGGUAUUCUGUUGGCUGUGACAAUCAUCUACCAGUACUACGAGAUGCUAGCGAAGGAGAAGGAGCAAGGUAACUCGAUCUUCUAA